UAUGAAUCAAUAGUAAGUGAAGAGAAAAAUAAUAAUAAUACAUACAUACAUACUCCACUACCACCACCACUACGACCACUUCUUCAUUCUUUGCCUCCCCCCUCUUCCUCCUUCUCCUUUUUCAUUAUCUUAAUCCACCUAUCACAGCUGGUUUCGUUAUUCGAAUGAAUAAACGGAAAGAGAAAUUGAAAGGCUUAUUUAUACUCCGAUAUCGCCUUUCCCUUGUAAACGUUGGAUAUUUUAACUCUGAUCAGUGAGAUUUAUAAUAAAUUCUCUUUUCAUGGAAUUACUCGAAUUAUUUUGGACAUUAUAUCAUCACAUCGCUGUUGUUAUAAAUUGAAUCUUGAGCAUUGAAUGUUGAGCAUUGAUUGAAUCCUGCAGUUGUAUAUCUCUGUGAAUAUCGCUUGAUAUGUCAAUAAAUCGUCUGAUGAAAAAUUCGAAUUUUAUAUUAUGUUCAACUGUUGAAUGGUGAAUAAUCAAGUCAAAAUAAAACAUGGCACUAUCGUCUAUUGGGGAAGGUUACCUUUUUGUCUCAUUCACCAUUCUCGUCUGGAUCUCAGUAAUUUCUGGAGCAUUCUACCAUGAACAAGUGAUACCAUCGUCGGAGAAGCGUUUAAUUAAACAAUUGAUCGGUAAUUAUGAAAAAGCUGGAAAAAUUGGACGUCCAGUGAAAAAUACAAAAGAUCGUGUUGUUGUCGGUUAUGGCUUAUCACUGUUUCAGCUAUUGGAUUUAGACGAGAAGAAUCAAAUUUUAACGAUAAAUGUUUGGUCAAAAUACACGUGGACUGAUCAACUUCUACGCUGGGAUCCAGCCAAUUAUUCAAAUAUCCGUGAGGUACGCAUACCACCGAGUGGUAUCUGGACGCCAGAUAUAGUGCUAUAUAACUAUGCUGAUGAACGCUUAAAAGAGAAACGUGAUGUUAUGCUAAACGUUGACUAUAUGGGCCGGGUAUACUGGAGUCCACCAGCAAUAUUCAAAUCAAAUUGUCCAAUUAAUAUAAAGAAUUUCCCAUUCGAUUACCAACAUUGUUUUUUAAAAUUUGCCUCAUGGACAUAUAACAGUGAACAGUUGGAUUUACAAUUCUUAGACAAUCGUACAGAAGUUGAUAUUGAUCAGUAUACGUCGAGUAAUGAAUGGUCACUUGUUGCUAGACCAGCUUAUCGAUUUGUCAUGUUAUCAGAAGAAUGCGGAAAAGAGAUACCAGAUCUAACAUUUUUCUUGUUCUUGAAACGUAAUCCUGCCUUCUAUGGAUACUUGUUAGUGUUUCCAUGUGUUUUGUUGAGCGUGAUCACAACAGUGAUAUUUUGGCUGCCACCGCAAAUCCCAGCUAAGAUGAUUUUAAGCAUGAACAUAUUUGUGGCAUUCUCUUUGUUGUUAAAAAUACUUGCUAAUUCUACGCCAUCUGCGUCAACUAUCGUGCCCUACUUGGGUUACUUUUACUGCUUAAAUAUGACACUGCUGAGUCUAUCGACAUUUGCAUCAACAGUUGUUGUGCACUUACACUUUCAACGUGUUAAAUCUAAGCACGUACCACACUGGCUGGUUAAGGUGGUAAGAUUCUUCGCUACACUCUUACACGUUUCAAAACUUGAACCGUCAAUCAACGAUACCAAUGACAAACUGAGUGUUGUUGAAGCAAAAAUAAAAUCGUCUAAAAUGCUGAGGCGAUCCAGCAUAUCAGAUAAUCUCCUUGAUACACGAUCAUCCCAGCGUCAAAUGUUACCGACACCACCAAUGAAAUCUGAUUUGUUAUAUCCUAGUGAUAUGACUUUAACACCGGAGAAGUAUUUAUUAUUUCAAGGCAAUGAAUUGUCUCCGAUGCAAAAAUAUCAACUGUUAAUGCAACAAGAUGGAAUGCAUACAACAUCAGCCUACUCGCUGGGUAUGGAUGGUGGUUAUUCACUGACUCGAAUAAAUCAGCAACAACAACAACAACAGCCACAACAUUAUCCUCAUUACCCACAAAAACAACAAUCAAUCAUCCCACACCCUGAUUAUCCCAUCAGUUCAACUAAUGAAUUUCAAGAAUUCAAGUUAGACGCAUUAAAGAUAACAAAUGGUGGCAAUGAUAGCAAAAUUGUGAAGAAAUGCACACAAUUAAAACGAUAUGCAAGAAGGCCAACAAUUCAGCUAGAGUUCAACUUAUCCGAUCUAUGCAAUGCACUGAAACAAGUUAUACUUAAAAUAUCGAAAAAGGAUGAAAUUGCUCAAAGGGAUAGAGAAUGGCGAUUGGUGUUGAUGACAAUCGAUAGAUUGUUCUGUUGGUUCUAUUCUAUUGUUGUUAUUGUCGCUGGUAUCUAUCUACUCUUUCCACGAGGUAGAUCGCAUACAGUUCAAGAGAUUAUAGCAAUGCAUCAAUCAAAGUAUGAUAGGCGGAAUCAUGGUAUUGCUGAAAAAUGCAUGAAGAUGGGUUAUUCAAAAACAUUCUGACACCUUUUAAAAACUACUAGUGAAUACUGAUCAUACUAUUGAUUUCCUAUUGGUUUAGUCUUCGCAUUAUUUUUAGUUCGUAAAAAUAAUAAUCCUUAUUAUUAUAUCAUCAUUUAUCUUUACAGUUGAGAGUGAAAGCGUAAACAUUAUCCAUUGAUGAAAAUAAUUUAUUUUAAAAGUUUGCAUACUUUUCAUUCUGAUUACAUACACAUUUGUUCUUCCUCAUUCUUAUUCUCCUGGUUUCUGUUUGUUUAAUAAAAUGAUUGAAAAUUAGUUAA